AUGGUCACCUACAUCGACGUCCCCUCAGCUCCCGGCCGCCUCUCCUAUAUCCUGUCCACGCCGAGCAAGAAAGUGGGCGCAACCGAAAUCGAUCCAUCAUUUCCGACAGUGCUUCUCUGCCAUCAACCAUGGGUCAAUAUGUAUAUCUACUAUCCUCAAUUUGAAGACCCCUCUCUGAAUGAGCACUUCAAUCUCCUCGCCAUUGACUUGCCCGGCCAUGGGCUGAAUCGUCUCAAGGAACCUCUGGAAGGCGAAAUCACAUGGCUCCGGAUGGCUGGGCUUUUCUAUGAAGGUCUUCAAGCCUUAGGGUUGAAGAAAGUUCACCUCGUGGGGAGCGAGGUAGGGACCUUGGCACCCAUGCAUAUGGCCAUCGCCCACCCGGAGAUUGUCGAAAGCUUGACUUUGGUCAAUCCGCCGGGGCGGGCAGAGUCGGAGUCGGUUCUUUUGGGCUACGCAGAAUGGUUCGCGGUCCAAGACGAGGUUAAAGAUACCGGUGACCCCGAUCUCAUCGAUAUCCUAAGCGCCAUCAUGUUGGAGUUUUCCACGGGCCAGACAACGAAUUUGAUCCUGAGAGGUCUCUCUGACGAACUGGCAGUCUUUGCGAAAGCCAAAAUGUUUCAUGGAGAGUUUGUGCCCUUUCACGGCGUGUUCAUGGCACUCCUUAAAGACAGAUUCUCGGCGCCUUCCCCAGAGGAGCUCGCAAGAUUGGACGUUCCAAACUUGAUCAUCGAAAACGUCGUCAUAGGGGACGAAGAAGAGAGCGAGGCAAGCGAAGACGUAUGGGUCGACAUCGUUGACAAGGUCAAUGCUCUCGCCGCUUCACGUGGUAAGCCUCCUCUUGCAACACGCCACACUCUGGUCGGAGAGGCGAUCAGCAGAUUUCAUGCCACCUCUCGUUGGACCACGUUGACACAUCCCGAACUGCUUACGUCGCUUCUGAAAGACUUCUUGGUCAAAACCACCUCUUCCUCACUCUUUACUCACACCGAAAGCCCUCUUGGCCGUUGUCAACCUCGCGAGAAUGAAACCGCCUUCGACGUUGGAGACAUCUUCAACUUUCUUCUCGAUCCGUCGAUGGCAUCGGCAAGUCAGGCAGAAGUGAAGACGUGGGCGGAUAUGGUGAGAAAGAUGGAGCAAUAUGGAGGAGUGAAUAUAGAACAGACAGAGGUGUAUGUGGAGGUCGAGGAGUAG